AUGGAAAACUUCACCUACAACAGCUUCACGCUGCAGGUGGAAGGGUUGGACAUACCUAAAGUCUACGUGUAUCCGACCUUCUUCUUCUUCUUCUUCUCCUACCUGUUCAUCAUGGUCGUCAACGUUGGCAUCGUGGUUCUGGUCUUCCUGGACAAGAACCUCCACCAGCCGAUGUACCUGCUGUUCUGCAACCUGCCCUUCAACGACGUCCUCGGUCACUCCAUCAUGGUUCCUCGGCUGAUGGUUGACAUCCUGCUGCCUCCGUCCAAACGCCUAAUCAGCUACUAUGAGUGUGUGGUCCAGGCGUUCACCACCCACAUGUUCGGCACCACCUCCCACACCGUGCUCAUGAUCAUGGCGUUCGACAGGUACGUGGCCAUCUGCAACCCGCUGCGCUACGCCGCCGUCAUGACCAACAGGAUGGUGCUGAAGCUGACGGCGUCGGCCUGGGGGGUCGCCUUCGUCCUGGUCGGGGUUCUGCUCGGUCUGACCGUCCGGCUGAACCGCUGCCGGUCUCUGAUCACCAACCCGUACUGCGACAACGCCUCGCUGUUCAAACUGUCCUGUGAGAGUGUGUUCAUCAACAACGUGUACGGGCUGACGUUCACCGUGGUUCUGUUCAGCGCCUCCAUCGGCACCAUGGUUCUGACCUACACCAGGAUCACCGUGGUCUGUCUGACCAGCAGGAACAAGUCUCUGAACAGCAAAGCCCUGAAGACCUGCAGCACUCACCUGGUGCUGUACCUGAUUCUGAUCAUCAGCGGCUUUAUUGUCAUUAUUCUGCACCGGUUCCCUCAGUACUCGGACUACAGGAAGCUUUCUGCCAUUCUGUUCCACAUCGUCCCCUGCAGCCUGAACCCCAUCAUCUACGGAGUUCAGUCUGCAGAAAUAUGCAACCGGAUGCUGAGGCUCACCAUGACCAAAAUCAUCACGAAGGAGACCAUCCACGCCAGCGUCGACAGCAGCACCACCGUCCUCCUGGUCAUGAUGGCGGCGUACCGCAGCGGCCUGCAGAUGGCGUUGUAGCGGUCGAAGGCCAUGAUCAUGAGCACUGUGUGCGACGUUGCUCCGUGGAAGUGGGUGCAGAAGGCCUGGACGGCA